CCGUCGACGACGACAUAAACGGUGGCUUUUAAUCUGAGUAAAAUGAGUGUAGUUAACUCAUCCAUACUCUGUUUUGAUUGAGAAGCAACGAAAAUGUCAACCUCAACCGUGACCGUCACCACGAACCAGCAAACCGACCAGUCCAUCCUAGUGGCCCCAGAGAAUGAUACCAAGAUCACUACUGCGGCCGAAGAUGAGCAGUUCCAAGCUACAGCACGUGGAGAUCGCAAUGGAACUCUCAAGCUACGGGGUAUUCCAGUUUUCACUGAAAUGCACGAAAAACGCAAAUGGAUGAAGGAGCAUAUGGCGGCUGCUUUUCGGUUCUUUGGAAGGCAGGGAUAUGGAGAGGGUAUUUCCGGUCAUAUCUCGAUGAGAGACCCCGUCUUGAAAGACCACUUCUGGAUGAACCCCUACGCAAAGCACUUCUCCAUCAUGAAAGCCUCAGACCUAGUCCUUGUCGACAGCGAAGGAUACGUAGUUGAAGGAGGCGCGCAGGCACCGAUCAACGAGGCCGGUUUCAUGAUCCAUUCCGAGAUUCACAAGGCUCGUCCGGAUGUGGUUGCGGCUGCGCAUACCCACGGGAUCUAUGGGAAGACAUGGAGUGCGUUUGGUAGACCGGUUGAGAUGCUUUCACAGGAUGCGUGUAACUUCUAUGGAAAGCUGAGCGUGUAUGACAGCCAUGGUGGUAUUGCACUGGCUCAGGAGGAAGGGCAACAGAUUGCGAAGGCCCUUGGGGAGGAUAACAUUGCGUGUAUUCUGCAGAACCAUGGUCUGCUGACAGUAGGCCACAGCGUCGACGAAGCAGCCUUCCUCUUUGCCAGUUUAGACCAUGCGUGUCACUCCCAGCUCAUGGCCGAUGCUGCUGCCGCGAAUGGAUUUCCCAAGAAGAUUAUUGCACAUGAUGUUGCCCAGUUUACGGCCAAUGCUGUUCAGAAUCCGCACAAUUUCUAUACCGAAUUUCAGCCUGAAUUCGAGUUGACGGUGGAGGAAAGCAACGGAAGGGUUCUUCAGUGAUUAUUCGCACCAUGUAGUUUUAUUUGAUAUAAUCUUUAUUUUUUCGAAUGUAAGCCUUUUGUGUCAGUUUAUCUCUAGCUCUUGCUAUCGGUAUCAAUUGCAGCCAGGGAGCCUUAUAAUAGAUAUCAUGACUUCGAU